AUGGUCAAGGAGACGAAGCUUUACGAUACACUGGCCAUCAAGCCAGAGGCCAGCCAGGAUGAAAUUAAAAAGGCAUAUCGAAAAGCAGCCUUGAAAUGGCACCCUGACAAGAACAAGGACAAUCCCAACGCAGCCGAAAAGUUCAAAGAGUGCUCCCAAGCAUACGAGAUCCUCUCCGAUCCCGAGAAGCGCAAAGUCUACGACCAGUAUGGCCUUGAGUUCCUCUUGAGGGGAGGAGGAGCCCCCCCUCCCGAGGGCGGUGCUGGCGGAUUCCCCGGCGGUAUGCCUGGAGGAGGCUUUGGCGGAUUUGACUUUGGGGGAGGCAUGCCUGGCGGAGGAGGUGCUCGAACAUUCCACUUCAGCACGGGCGGCGGCCCUGGAGGCGGAUUCAACUUUAACAACCCAGAAGACAUCUUUGCCGAGUUUAUGCGGCAACAAGGCGGCGGAGGCAUGCAAGAUGAUGAUAUGCCCGGCCUCUUCUCGUCGUUUGGCGGUGGUGGUGGCGGCGGCGGGGGACGUUCUGGCCGUACGAGGAUGAGAUCGUCUGGUUUUGGUGAGCCGAGACACCGGGAGCACACGCCAGAAAUCACGACCGUGGAGCGCCCUCUUCCGUUGACGUUGGAAGAACUGUACAGUGGCGUGACCAAGAAGAUGAAGAUUAAGCGCAAGACGUUUGACGAGACGGGCAAACGGGUGCAAACGGACCAAAUCUUGGAGGUUCCCAUCAAACCGGGCCUGAAGAAGGGCUCCAAGAUUAAGUUUAAUGGUGUGGGGGAUCAAGUCGAGGGUGGUCGACAGGAUUUACACUUUAUUGUGGAAGAGAAAGAGCACCCUCUCUUCAAGCGUGAAGACAACGACCUCAUCCAUGCCGUAACGCUGGAUCUCAAGGAAGCCCUGACAGGGUGGAAGCGAACCGUCACCACCAUUGAAGGCAAGCAAAUCAACUUGGACAAGGGCGGGCCGACGCAACCAGGAAGCGAGGACAGGUACCCAGGCCUGGGAAUGCCCAUUUCCAAGAAGCCAGGUCAGCGGGGUGACUUUGUCAUCAAAUACAAGGUCAACUUCCCGUCGACCCUGACACCGACUCAGAAGCAGCAAUUGCGGGAAAUUUUGUAA